GCUUCACCUGGCUCACUGCAUAGGAUUUAUUAAGGGGCUUCACUGGCUCUUUCUCCUCAGUCUUUCCUCAGCUUAAGUUCUGGAAACAGAAGUCUAUAUAAGAGCUGCACAUAGCUUCACCAGGAGUUCUGCUGUACUCCUCAUAUGAAAAGGAUGCAUUAUAAAGACAUGAUGCCUUUAAGUGCAUUGGUUUGUUCUAUCUGGUGUCUGUCCUCAGCUCUCACCAUUGCUGCUAUGAUAUCUGUGAAGAAUGACUUGGACAAUGGGAUUUUGGUGACUGAAGAAGUUGCUUUAACAGAUUGCCAAGUGAAAGAUCUUACCAAGUGGGACAAGCUAUUUACAAUGCUGGAAAACUCUCAGAUGAGAGAGAACAUACUGAUCCAGUCUGUAGAUGAAAUCAUUAAGGUGGAACUGCAGACCCUUAGAGAAGAAAUGCUACAGCUUGCAGGCGACUUGGGAAGUACCUUAGUGAAUAGCAUUAACAUUGCCACCUCUCAGAUCACAGACCAGCUGGACAGAUCUUUAACAUCGAAAUGCUUCCAAGCUCUGCAGCAAGAGAACAGCUUGGAAGCCAGGAAGGACACUAUACUGGAGCAUUCGCUGCUGUUAAGUCUUAAUAUAUCUGAUAGGCUUGAAAGACUUGAAAAUGCCUUAAAACAAAGAGCUGCAGGGGAAGAAGUGCAGAGGAAUAAUGCCCAGUCUCACUGUGCAGAAACCGGGGCUAACCUGGCUUCAGCAUUACAGGAGAUCGCACAGCUAUCAUCUACCCUUCAGCAGACACAGAAAUACGUCAAUCAGCGAUUCCUGCCCGCAGGUUGUGAUGCAGCAAUAUUAUUCCCAAUGAGAUCACCCAAAAUUUAUGCAAGUGUGCAUCCCGUAGAUAGGACUCUGGAAGCCUUCACAUUUUGUGUAUGGGUUAAAGCAACUGAAGCCUUGGACAGAACUAUCGUUUUCUCCUAUGGCACCAAACGAAACCCUUACGAAAUCCAGCUGUCCUUGAGCAAUCAGUCUUCUGUACUUCUUGUAGGUGGGGACAAGAACAAGGUAUCUGCAGAGGAUGUAGUAGAGUCAGGCCAAUGGUCACAAUUGUGCGGCACAUGGAGCUCAGAAGAAGGCAAAGCAGAAUUACUGGUGAAUGGAGAAAUUAGAGCUGUAUCUUCAGAUGUAGCAAAGGGUCACACCAUCCCUAAUCGAGGAAUUUUCCAACUUGGGCAGGAAAAGAAUGGUUGUUGUGUAGGAGGCGGCUUUGAUGAAUCAUUAGCAUUCUCUGGCAAGAUCACAGGCUUCAAUUUAUGGGAUAGAGUUCUCAGUAAUGAAGAGAUAGAUGCAACUAGACAGGAGAACGGGUGUAACAUCCGGGGUAAUGUUGUUGGUUGGGGAACUACAGAAAUCCAACCACAUGGGGGAGCCCAAUACAUCCAGUAGUUUUGCCACCUCUAAUAUUAAGUCAUGCCAACACCAAAUGUUUCAAGUAGUUGAUGCAACAUUGAUUUGAAUCCCUGCAGCUUAGAUAUUAGUACAUCCAGUGGUCUUGCCACCUCUAAUAUGAAGCUGUACCCAACACCAAAUGUUUCAGGUAGAGGACACACCAUGAAUUAAAAAUCCCCAAUAGCUUAAAUAUAAUGACAUGACCUCUUGAAAUCAAGCUAUGUAUACAUGUGGACAAUAUGCUCUUAAACCAUCACACGAUACUAAUCGAUAAGGCACAUUCCCUCUCUUUUACUGUAUAAGUGCAACAGUAACACAGACUGUUAAAUUAGUUGCAAAACUCAAAGAGUGAAGGUUUCUGUUAAAUGUGAAUGCAAAUAUGCAGCUAAGAAUCAAAUACACUUAAUAAAUCCUAUUAUAACCACUUGUUUUAAUCAACUAUUAUAUGUGUAAGUAUAUACUGUUGUAUUAUAUUGUAAAUUGUUUUUUUUUAAGAAUUGCAAUAAAACUACUGUAUUUUUGUAAAAUUGUACCAUAAGAAAAUCAAAAAGACAAAAUCACACUGUUUUAAAUUUUAAAUAAAGAUUUAGAUACUAAAAUAUAAAUCAAACUCCGUUUACAUUGUUCUCAGCAGGGACAUAUGUUAUUAUGAGCAUGUAGGUUUAAAAUGUGCGUAAGAACUGGAAGCUGUUAAAAAAAAAAAUAGGCUCACAUGAAUGAAGAUUUAUUUCCAGUAACCAAAUGUAAGGUUAUGUCCCUAUCUUAGAAAUAUCUGUUUACUUAUGCAAUGUGUAUUCAUUUUUUCAUAUUGUAAGCAUUUUCUAUGGUUGCAAAGCUUGUUUUUUUCUAUAAAAUAAAUUAAAACUACUUUUUAUUUUGAAUGCA